AUGUUGACGGAAGAGGAAAAACGGACAUUGAUCGCGGAGGGUUAUCCAGUCCCAACGAAACUGCCUCUGACGAAACAGGAAGAGAAGUCGCUCAAGAAAGUUCGUAGGAAAAUCAAGAACAAGAUAUCGGCGCAGGAGUCCCGACGGAAGAAGAAGGAAUACAUGGACGGUCUGGAGAGACGCGUGACGAUGCUGGCGAAUGAGAAUUCCUCGUACAGGGACCGGCUAACGACCUUGGAGGACACGAAUCGCGAACUACUGAAGGAACUUCAGCGUUUGCAAGCUCUCCUUCAACUGCAAGGCUCGUAG